AUGAAUCAUUUUAACCACGCCUAUUUACGGGAUCAUACACCUACACCAUCGCCAAAGAAAGAUGGUGUCAAUAACUUAGAGCAGGAGCUAUCCGCAAUGGAUAUCGACGAUUCUGCUAACGAUACGAAUAUUGACGAGCUGUUACAUUCACCAAAGAAGUUACCUGCUGGUUUCAGGAGUAAAGCGAGUAAUAAUAAAACUCAGAGACUCGUUGGUGUAUGCAAAAUGUAUUUUCUCGAAUACUACUGUGACAUGUUUGACUAUGUCAUUAGUAGGAGACAAAGGACAAAACAAAUAAUGGAAUAUUUAAGACAAGAGAAUGAAAAUGGUAGACUUGAUGAACACACAGCAGAUACUGAAUGGAGAGGAUAUCUGGCAAAGGAAAACAAUAUUCUCAGGAAAAGACGAUUAAAGCCAAAAAAUAAUGAUUUUGAAAUGUUGACACAGGUUGGUCAAGGUGGCUAUGGCCAGGUAUAUCUUGCAAGAAAGAGAGAUACAAAGGAGGUUUGUGCUCUCAAAAUAUUGAAUAAGAAAUUGCUUCAUAGAUUAAAUGAAACAAAUCAUGUUUUGACUGAGAGAGAUAUCUUAACUACAACACGUUCUGAAUGGCUAGUCAAGCUUCUUUACGCAUUUCAGGAUUCUUCCAGCUUGUACCUUGCAAUGGAAUUUGUACCAGGUGGUGAUUUUAGGACUCUACUCAUAAAUACCAAGUAUUUGAAAAGCACACAUGCCAGGUUUUAUAUUAGUGAAAUGUUUUGUGCUGUCAAUGCUCUCCAUGAGCUUGGUUAUACACAUAGGGAUCUUAAACCGGAAAAUUUCCUAAUAGAUGCAAAAGGACAUAUUAAAUUAACUGAUUUCGGAUUAGCUGCAGGUACAGUAUCAAACGAAAGAAUAGAGAGUAUGAAAAUACGGUUGGAAGAAGUUAAGAAUCUGGAAUUUCCAGCGUUUACUGAACGCCCAAUAGAAGAUAGAAGAAAAAUGUAUCAUGAUUUGAGAGAUACCGAUAUAAAUUAUGCCAACUCUAUGGUGGGAUCCCCAGAUUACAUGGCAUUAGAAGUAUUAGAAGGUAAGAAGUACGAUUUCACUGUAGAUUAUUGGUCAUUGGGAUGCAUGCUGUUCGAAAGUUUAGUUAGUUUUACACCCUUCAGUGGCGCGACAACAAAUGAGACAUAUGAAAACCUGAGACAUUGGAGGAAGACAUUGAGGAGACCCAGGUUAGGCAAUGGACGAUAUGCGGUUUCUGAUAGAACUUGGGCUUUCAUCACUAGUUUAAUUGCUGAUCCAAUAAAUAGACUGAAGUCUUUUGAACAUGUGAAGCGAAUGCCAUACUUCUCAGAAAUAGAUUUCUCAAAAUUACGAGAAAUGUCUCCACCGUUCAUACCACAACUUGAUAGUGAAGUUGAUGCGGGUUAUUUUGACGAUUUUACAAAUGAAGCUGAUAUGGCAAAGUAUGCUGAUGUUUUCAAAAGGCAAAACAAGUUGAAUGCUAUGAUUGAUGACUCUGCAGUUGAUUCCAAAUUAGUUGGUUUCACCUUUAGACACAGGAACGGUAAGCACGGUUCGAGUGGUAUACUAUAUAAUGGUGCAGAACAUUCGGAUCCCUUUGCAACAUUUUACUAG